AUGUCAAAUAAGGUCAAUCCAAAUUACAUGAGCGCGGAGCGUGCUUCCCAGGAUGUGGAACGAAAGGAAAUUCAAGAAUCAAUUUUCAUAGGAACUGCCACAUCAGGAAGGAUGACUUUGAUCGAGAAGAACUAUGACAAAAGAAUUAUUAUUCUAUUAAUUGUUGCUCCAAUUUGGACUCUCUCGUUCACAGCCUUACCUGUGUUAAUAAAAUUUCAUGGUAUUGCUGCUGAUAUUUAUCGGUUUCUUGAACCGAUAGUUUCAUUGCCUAUAAAUUAUUUCAUUCUGAUAUCCGCAGAAGUAUUCACAGAUCAAAACAAUGAAAACGCGCCUCUUUUCUUCAACAUAUCGGAACGGUCAUUCCUAAAUAUUUGGUUUUUGGUUGGCGCAGCAAUUUAUGCACAAGGAGCCGCUAUGCACGCUACCGCAAUUAUUGCAAAGCAUAACAUUAAAGAUUUGAUCACUGCAUAUCCCAACAUCACAACCCAAUACCCCGCAAUUAACGACUCCUAUACGUAUUUCCAAGAAACUAUUGAGCAUGUGAUUGGUCAUUACAUUUACGCCUUUGGUGCGGCACUUAUCACGUGCGCUCACCUAUUUGCUUACCGCCACCAACAUCACUACAGUCUCCAUUCCACUUCAUCGUUUGUUGGCUGGAUACUUGGCGGCAUUCUAUAUUCUUUCCUCUUAGCAGGAGUAGCGAUCGAAUUUCCAAAAGGCACAAUUGUUGGUUUAGCUUAUGUGUUGGUAAUUGGCAUUCCUCUCGCGCUGUAUUUGUUGAAAAAGAAUUCCCUCUUCUCAAGAGGAAAAAGAUUGGUAUUACAAUCUUACUUGAUAGGAUACACGGUGGCGUUGGUAAUCAUUGUGAUUUGGAUUAUCUCUGUGCAUGGAUUUAAGGACCGUAAGAGCGCUGGACUUUUUGUAAAAUAG